CUGCCUUCUCUGCAUUCCAUCUUUUUACUGUCGCUGGUAGCUUUAUUUCACUUCUUUUACAACAGUUCUCCUCGACAAACAGUCAUGAAGAUUGCUAUACUAGUGCUGGCACUAGUCUCCCUUGUCCACUGCGACAUGUAUCUACACAACCCAAGAGGGAGCAACAACCGACUAGAUGAAGCAAGGAGGGACAGGAACAAUGCCAACAGGCUAUUUGACUCUCAAAACAACAACCGCGGCGGCUACAACGUUGGUAGCCUCUACUAUUAUGCAGGAUCAGUUCUAUCCAUUGAAUGGACCAACCAGCACAGCUGUGGUGACCAGAACAACCACUGCGAGAUCAUAUUCCAAUACAUGUGCGAUGACAACGUUAGGGAUGGUGCCUCUACCAAGACUAUCCCAAAUAACCCAGCUCUCUGUGAAGACUAUGACUGCAACACUGAUUUAGAAUAUGGCAUGCACGAGAGUUUUGACUACUAUGUCAACUGUCGUCUCCGCAAGAGAAACCGUGGACUCUUCAGUGCUGACAGGAACCUUAAUAAUAGAAACACUGCAAGAUUUACACGCCAGAACCAGAACGGAAACCGUCGUGGGUAUGAGUGCCCAGAAGAGAGAGACUACUAUCCUUACUGGCACCCCACCCCAUGGAGGGACAUUGCUAUACUUACCAACGAUCCAACUCGCUGUGUCAUGUAUCAGGAAGAGAGCGCUAACGUCAAGUCCCGUUUUGCCUGUGAAAUGCCCGAGUUAUACAUACUACUGAACAUCAAUCAGAACUCUGCCAAUAGAUACUACAUCCCCAACACACAAGAGGAGUGUGAGCGAUGGACUUGGACCGACCCAACCACAUCGGAGGAAAAGCAUGCUGUCUGGAGAGAAUACCGUGCUGACUCUCGUCUCUCUGCCCCAGAGUGUGUUGAGACUCUAUGGAGUCGCGACAACCACCUUGGAAAUGGUGUCGGUGGCUAUACCAACAUUUAUAACUGGACCAUCCCAGACCUUCCCCACGAGCAUUGCGUAUUGAGAGCACGAUACAAUAUUUCAACUGGUGAGUAUGAUGGCUGGAACUCAUCCGUAAAUUCUUCAAUUGCUCGUCGUAACAACGUACCUGUCUUUAACGACAAUACAAAUGAUCUCGCCGGAAGGACUAUUUCCGAAUUGGACGUAUACACUCAGUUUGGUUUCAAUACCACUGAAGCUAGAGCUCGUGGAUACGUUUUCCGUCAAAAUCCUAUUGUAAAAAUUUUCCCAGACCCAGCCCCUAACUCAGUUAACUUUGGCCUUCAACUAGCUAUUAACACAAACCAGUUUGGUAGGACAUUCCAAGACAGAUCUCACACAUUUGCCAUUCGUUCCAAGCCCUCAGACUCGGACUGUACUACAAUUUAUAAUCUCAACGUACGCGGAAAGAGAGGAAACAUUGUCCAGACCUAUCCUGGAGUAGAGUACGACUUUGUGCCAAACGAUCUCCAAGUAUCUAUCGGCUCCUGUGUCCACAUACAAUGGACCGGCUCCAAUACAAAUCCUAACAACAAUGAUGGUCAAGGGAGAGCUGGCACUGAUCGCUCUAACAUUGUUCUCCUUCGUAACCAUACUUACGCCGAGGGCACUCCAGGGGCUGCUGUACCUACUGCAGAGAAGAACGGUCACUUUGGAAGAAGCUAUCCUCAACAUCUCGACAAUGAUGAGACUUUCCUUGGACUUAGCAGGAGCCAAAGAGAAAACCUUGCAAUGCUCAGCCCAAGUCAUUAUGGUGGUGAAAUGUCUGAACUGGAUGAUGCCGGAACUUAUUAUGACCUUGGACUUGCUAGAGUCACAUCCAAAGGCACUUACUACUAUCUCUCAACAAGAAAUAACAACUUUACCAACCGGAGUCAGAAAGGAAAGAUCAUUGCUUAUAUCAAUGCUUUGAUCAGCAAACGUAUCGGCUGGAAUGGAGGCACAAUAUCAACCAGCUCUGGCAAUCUCAAAGUUGAUAGAGGUACCAUGAGCAAACCAAGUGUCAUCUCAAUCAGAACAUUUGCAAAUGAAUCCGAAGCCCAAGCCAUGACCAGCGACAAAACAGCCCCUGGUAAACUGGUCAGUGACUACGUACAGGUUUCUGGUUUGAGCACCGACCAAGGACAGACGGCAACCUUGCAGCUAAUGGUCAGCGGUGAAGACUUUGACAGAGACACCAGCAUAUACUAUUCUGACCCAAACAAUGGAAAUGUGUACAGAAGGCUGGAAACUAGAUCAGUCGAUGGCAUGGUAGAAGCUCAGAUCGAUCAAGAUGGUGUCUAUACUGCUUCUACUGCACAAGUUGCUACAUUUGUGACAAUAGCAACUGCCAUCUUCGUUGUUUUAAUUGUCGUCAUUAUCAUCGUUGCUACUGUAGUAUUCUUCCGUGUUAGGCGAGACAAGUGGCAUUCGACCAAAGAGAAAGUCUCAUCUGGUUUCACUAACAUCAAGAGAAGCUUUGCCAAGAAAGUCUAAGCCCUUUCAGCAAAAAUAACUGUUUUUUUUCUUUUUAUUUUAUUUUGUGUUAGUUGUGUGUGUCUCUGCAGGGCAGAUUUUAUCAGUUUUUUUAAACAUUAUUAUUAUUAUUAUUAUUAGGAUUUUUUUUUGCUAAAAUUAAAAUUGUCUUGUGAACAAAAACUAUGUAACAACAGUAA